AUGGAGUUCGGACACAAACCAGCAUUUGAAAACACCUUCAGACUAGAACCCAGAGAGAAUGAAAGAUUCUACCCCUCUAAAGUCAGAAGUCUUAUCGAAGAAGUAAUCUUAAGAAAUUUGAAAGAUAAAGAGUAUGAUCACGCAACCGCCAAAACAAUGGCAGAGAGUAUCGCAGAUUAAAUCAAGAUGCAAGUUAAGGCUCUUAAUAUACCAUCAUAUAAGAUCGUUGUGCAGACAGUUAUCGGAGAAAUUACAGGUCAAGGUGUCAGAGUAGCUUCUAAGUGUCUAUGGGAUGAUCAAAAUGAUAAUCUAGCGUCCUUCACUUACCAAAACAACUCACUCUUCUGCACUGGCAUGGUAUUCGGAGUAUACUAUGAAUGA